CUUCGCACACUGCUGUAUCCCCUGAGAAGUCUCAGUGAGGUCAAGACAGCCCCAGACAAGUAAACAGGGGCUGCUCAACCCCAGUGUUGAGGAAGCAGAAGGUGCUGUGUAUAAGACAGAGACAGACAAACAACUACACAUCAUCCAAAGCCAAAAGGUAUUUUUAGAUUGAAGGCUACCUUACAGAAUAAUUAAAAUAGCUCUCUAUCUUAGCAGAGGUUUAUGAUUAACGGGUAUGUUAUUUGUACAUUCUACCAAUACCUGCUAAUGCCCACAUUUGGAUCUUCAAAUUUUCCACUGUGUACCUUUUGUCUGGAGAAAACCUUGGACUAGAGAUAAGACCAUCACCAAAAACAUAUUUCUAGCAGCUCCCAAGUCCAGCCAACCAGUCUGGGUUUGAGGUCGAAUCAAGACCAUGAAGUGCCUGCUGCUCCUCGCCUUUAUUGGGGUGGCUGUUGCCUUCCCCACCUUUGCUGAAGAUGAUGAUGACAAGAUUGUGGGAGGCUACACCUGUGCAAAGAACUCUGUGCCCUAUCAGGUGUCCCUGAAUUCUGGAUAUCACUUCUGUGGAGGUUCCCUCAUCAGCAGCCAGUGGGUCCUGUCAGCUGCUCACUGCUACAAAUCUCGCAUCCAAGUGCAGCUCGGGAAAUCUAACCUGGAGGCCACCGAAUCCACGCAGCAGUUUAUCAACUCUGCUAAAGUCAUCCGCCACUCUGGCUACAGCCCCUACACCCUGGACAAUGACAUCAUGCUCAUCAAGCUGGCCACCCCAGCCACGCUCAACAAAGCUGUCCAAACCAUUGCUCUGCCUACCAGCUGCGUGGCCACCGGCACCACCUGCCUGAUCUCUGGCUGGGGCAACACUCUCAGCAGUGGCAUCAACUACCCGGACGAAUUGCAGUGCCUGAAGGCUCCGGUCCUCUCUGCCGCCGACUGCUCUGAUGCCUACCCUGGGCAAAUUACCAAGAACAUGAUGUGUGUAGGAUUCCUGGAGGGAGGAAAAGACUCCUGCCAGGGAGAUUCCGGCGGUCCUGUGGUCUGCAAUGGAGAGCUCCAGGGCAUUGUCUCCUGGGGUAUUGGAUGUGCCCAGAAUGGCUAUCCCGGAGUUUACACCAAGGUUUGCAACUACGUCUCCUGGAUCCAGUCCACCAUUGCCUCCAACUGAGAUGCUUGUUUGGUGGGACAUGUAUUUUCUCAUCAUCAUUUCUAUUCUUUUGUGUCUGGACAAGCAAAAAUUAUGAGAAAUUAAUAAAGACUUUCAGGCACCCCUA